UCACCUCUUGUUUUUACACGUUGACUGUAAACAGCGACUGCUUUUUAGCUUGGAUUUCGAUGAUGUAGUUUAAUGUUAUAGUUUUUAGGUAUUUUUGUAAUGCGUUGUGGUCAGAAUGUCGUUGAAAUUCGUGGCACUAUCGUCAGCCAGUGCUGAGCUAAACGUUAGCUGCCAACGGGCAAUGUUCAGCAGCUUGACUACUUUAUUACUGUGCAGUUGAUAGGGUAAGAUAACUUCAUUUAAUGAACACCAUGAUAAAGUGUUUGCCUAAAGAGGUUCAGGGGAAACUUCGCUCCGGUGUCGCUCUGCCCUCACUUCAGCAGUGCGUGGAGGAGCUCAUCCUGAACAGCAUCGAUGCAGAAGCGACCUGUGUGGGGGUCAGAAUGGACAUGGAGGCGUUUAAAGUGCAGGUGAUUGACAAUGGCGCUGGGAUAAACUCCGAGGAUAUGGAUUCCCUGGGGAAACGAUAUUGCACAAGUAAAUGCAGCUCCAUUGAAGACCUGGACAGCCUCAGGUGGUACGGUUUCAGAGGAGAAGCCCUGGCAAGUAUAGUUUCUCUCUCCACACUUGUUGAAAUCUCAUCCCGGAACAGGUCAACAGUGAAAACUCACGUCAAAAUCUUCAAAGAUGGCAAAGGCAUGGAUGUGUUUGAAGGAGAGACUGCUCGACCCUCUGCAGGGACAACUGUUAUCGUUUGUAACUUUCUCCACAACAUGCCUGUGCGGAGGAAGAGGGUGGAUGCUGUUCUGGAGGGAGAGAGGAUCAGACACAGGGUGGAGGCUAUUUCUCUAAUGCAUCCCUCAGUGUCUUUCACCCUGAAGAAUGACUGCACGGGGGCCAUGACGGUGCAGCUUCCUAAAGCUAGAAACACCUACCACAGGUUUGUCCAGAUACACAGCCUUGUGAAAGCACAGAAACUUGGAGAAAUCGGCUACACGCACGGACAGUUUGAAGUGAUUGGUUAUAUUGGCAGAGAGGGCCACUACAACAACAGUUUACAAUUCCUGUAUGUAAACGAAAGGCUGCUCCUCAAAACAAAGAUACACAAGCUCCUAAAUUUUCUCCUACGCAGAUUGAGCAAUUCAAACCAAAAAAGUGAAAGUCCAGAUAUGCAGUCAGGCGUUAGAAGUCCAAAGACCAAACGAAGCCAAGACCCUCAUGGAGUGUACGUUAUCAAUAUCAAAUGUUCUUACUCAGAGUAUGACAUAUGUCUUGAGCCGGCUAAAACUCUAAUAGAGUUCAAAGAUUGGGAUGGCGUUUUGCUGUGCAUAGAAGAAGCAGUGAAAGCUUUCCUGAGCAGGGAGAACUUGGUGGCUGUGAUUUCCCAAGAUGACUUUGACAACGCACCUACUGAAUUGUUUGGCGCUCACAUUACAGACGAAAAGGGGAAUAACACUGGCAAUGUUGGCCAAGCAACAAACAGUGCUUCUAUAAUGGAUUGCAGUAUUGGAAUGAAACUGGCGUCUGAUUCUGUUCAUCGAAAGCGCAAAGAUGACCAUCUACAUGAGGAAGGUGUUAGCAGGGAGUCUAGUCAGAUGGUGUGCAAAGAAGAGAUGGAACAACAGGGACAGGAAAAGAUAAAUGCAAAGGAGUGUGAAAGUGAAGACAGCUUAAAUAAAGACAUUACAUAUGAGCCAUCAUGUGAUCUAGCUGGACUUAACCCUUCAUCUGAUAUACAGAUUACUGUAGAAGAGGAGUCCAGUGAAGCUGGUGAAGGCUCUGAAAUGUUUUGCAAGUCGAGUUCAAUCAUAGAGCUUGAAAGUGAAAAACUGAAACUCUCCAAAGAAAAAGACAUGUUAAUAAACAAUUCAGUCUCAAACAGCAAUGAGACUUUACUAGACCACUUCACUCAACAAAUUCAGCCUGACAUAGGGCAAAUAUUACCUGUUGGCCAGGGUACAGGAGGACAUCAUCAUACUUUAGAAGGUAACAGAAAGAUCAGUCUGUCCGAUCCAUACAUUCAUGAGAAUCUGCUGACUCAGGGCAUGGCACAAAUCAGCAAGUCAAUAUUUCAGCAGAGCUGUGAAGAGAGAUGUGUUGCAUUAAAACGCAGAAUCUCACUGGAAGCAGGGCAGGACAGAACUGGUCAGAAACAACCCGAUGACUUCGCUAAUAAUAUUCCCUCAAAGAUACCCAGGGUGGCAGUUUGUCAAAAGUUGUCUUUAUGCAAGGAGUCUGGGUCGCUUGAAAGGUUUAGAAGAGUGUAUGGUAAAUCUGAUGAGCUGAAAUUAUCCUCUCAAGAGAAUACAAAUAGAUUUUUGCAGUCAGACGGAUUUGUUAUGAAUUCCCAGAACAGUUUUCUUUACCAGAAAGAUCAGCAACAUGGUGGGGUUGCAGAAGUGGGAAAAGAAAAAGAGAAACUGAACAGCCCCGUUAGCCCACUAACACUCUCAGCAUUCACCAAGUUAAAACCCGCCUCAGUGCAGAAUAGAGGCAAGACAUCUUUGGCAAAUAAACUCUGCCAAUUGAAACACCAGAGGAGAGACAAUUUAAAAGUAUUACCACAGGACAACAACUGUCUCAGUACUGGUAACGAUGACACCCAAGGCAGCAAUAACAACGAGCAACACUGUGACACCGCACUGAAUCCUGAGCCGGCCCCAGUUUGCAGUACAAAUCCUCUGGCCGAUGAGAGGGAAGAGGCCUCAGGUGACUGGCUUCAUCACUACGAAACAUCUGUGGGAAAGACAGUGUACGUCAACAAAGUGACCGGGCUCAGUCGAUAUGAUGAAAUGCCUGCUGAAGAUACACAAGUGCACUGUACAUCUGAUGUCACCAACAUGGCCGUUAGUGUCAUCAAUAAAAUGGAUGCUAAUGUGGAGAGUUCCAACUCGCUGACGACGUUGUACUCCAAAUGGAAAAAUCCUGUGUUCGUUCGACCGCCUAUGGUUGGUGUGGAUGUUACGAGUGGACAAGCCGUCGGGCUGGCUGUGAAGAUCCACAACAUCCUGUUUCCGUACCGUUUCUCUAAGGCCAUGAUUCACUCAAUGAAGGUUAUUCAUCAAGUGGAUAAGAAGUUUCUUGCAUGUCUUAUCAACACACGAGAUGAGGAGCCUGCAGCAAUGACUGAAACUGAAGGAAACCUUCUGGUGCUGGUGGAUCAACACGCUGCACACGAGAGAGUUCGACUUGAAAAUCUAGUUGCAGAUUCCUAUGAGGAGGACCCAGAUUCACCGGGGGAGAAACGUCUGUGUUCAUCAACUAUUCUGCCUCCUCUCGAGAUCAGUGUCACAGAAGAAGAGCUCAGGCUGCUCAGAUCAUGUCAGGGACAUUUGCGGAGCUUGGGCCUGGACGUGAAGUUCUCACAGGCAGCGGAGCCUCAAGUUUUUGUCGGGAAAGUACCACUUUGCUUCAUGGAAAAGGAGAGUAAUGAGGUCAGGCGGGGGAGACCAUCUGUUAUCAAGCCUGUUGUUGAGGAGUAUCUACGAGAGCAAAUCGAGUUACUCCGCUCGACUGGUAGAGUGAGAGGAACUCUGCCUCUCACUGUGCUGAAGGUGCUAGCCUCCCUAGCAUGCCAUGGUGCUAUCAAGUUCAAUGACAGCCUGAGUAGAGAUGAAUGCCACAGUUUGGUGGCUUCUUUGUCCUCCUGCCAGCUGCCCUUCCAGUGUGCCCACGGCCGUCCUUCCAUUGCUCCCUUGGUAGACACCCUCCAUUUGGACAAAGAUGAACAGGAAUUACAGAGACCCAACCUCCUAAAGCUGAGAAGAAUUUAUAAAGCGUGGCAACUUUAUGGAAAUAGAUAAGUGGGUGUGUAUUUUAUUUUAAAUGUGUUGUUAAUUGUCAACAAAAAUAAAUUCAUAGGAAGACUUUGCUAUUUAACAUAACAUAUUGUUGAAAAUGAGCAACAGUUAGCUUUGUAAGUACAUAGAAAAAAAUAAAAGUGAAUUAUCCAACACCAGUUUGAGUGAUGUGCCAUGGGGAGCACAUGACUUGAAAAAAUGUGAUGCCUUAUCAGAUACACAAUAAGGUCCUUCAGCAUUCCCCCCCAAAAUAUUCACUCAAUCAACUUCCUGAUCUUGAAAAAUCGUCUCAAAAAUAGAAAAUCUGCCACAAGGCCAUUGCAAGAAAACAGAAGAUGGAGUUGAUGCUGAAGAGCAGCGAUCACGUAUGGGUGGACUCUGUUUAAGAAAGAAAAAACAGUUAAAGUCAGAAAUUGGCAAAACUUUAGUCAAAUGGAUAGCUUGAGACAAAACAAACAAUGAAUCACACAGAGAAGAAAACUGCUGCCACCCGGAUCAAACCCUCAAGCUUGCUCUUCUUCUGGCCUCAACCCAAACAGAAGGUAAUUUCCAUCUGCCGUUAAAGCCUGCAAUGAAAGCACACAUUGAAGUUGUCAAAGGACAAAACUUAAACCAAUAGAGAGCAGUGCGAACUUGCGUAUACUAUGAACAUAUUGCUCUCUUAACUUACUGUUUGUCUGUGGCAUCUCUUUCCUUCGUUUCUCUAAGUAUUCAAAGUCAUCUGCAAUUGAAGGGGGGUCAGUUUCUCCACUUGUUUAAUCUGACAGAGAGGUUACAACAUUUUACAUUUAUUUAUCAGUAGUGUCAUGACACAGUAUUUGACAUUGAAGUAUUAACAUGGUCUCUCACCUCUUCAUCCGUCUUCACUGCCACGCCAUGCUUUAGGUUCAGUUUGACCAGUUGGUCUUGGUUUGUCCAUCUACCUAAAGUCAAGCAAUAAUGCCAUAUUGUAUUAUUUGACAGAAAAUACUGUGGAUCACUAAUAACUUAUAAAGCAUUCGUUUUAUUUGAGUUGGAAGGGUCCUAUUAAUUAACAACAUUCUGCAGUUCUUUCAUACUAUUUUAAGACGUAUAUUUUCACAACACCUCACUCACCCAUUGAAGAUGUGCUGUCGAAGCAAAGCUCAAAAUGGUUAGGAUUUUCUGUUAUGAAUGAAAAUGUACCCUUUGUGGCAUUGUCCUUGGUGUACAACGUGUCUCUAUAAUAAUCGUGAAGGAAAAAGUUAAGAGUGGUUUGGCAAAGAUCUCUCGAAUUUACACUCAGGGGAUUUAAAAAGGGCUCCGGGCCAAGCUAGAUGAUGAACCAAUAUUAUCCAAAAUAUCCACAAUGCCUCCUAGCAGUUGCUCAAACUGACAAUAAUAUACACACCAACCCCACACCUCCUAUUUGAACCUUUUUUCAAAAAUAUAUAGUUUUUACUUACCACAUUUCAAAUUUUAAAAAGUGUGCUCCCCAAAAAUAUCGAAGUUUGAUUUUAUGUUCCCCAUUAAACCAUGAACACACUGGGAGAAUAUAAAAUACUUUUUAUUGCACGAUGUAUUUUAUUUAGUAGUAUUUUGAAAUUUGUAUUUUUUAUAUACUUUUAAAGACGACGUUGUUGGAAAAAAAAAAAACCACCAAUAAAAAAACGGUCUCAGUUUGCCAUGUUACUCCUGGUGUCACAUGUUCACUUCAAAUUAGUAAUAGUUUUAGUAAGUUCGCUAACUUCGUAUUCGCCUGAGACUCGAAGAUCUUUUUGGAUAUCUUCUUGUAGACAUUUCCAAGAAUUGGUCGGCAGGUAGAAAGUAAUAGGAAAACACUCUGUCCAAAAGGACAGGUAUCAGCAGGAAAACGCAAAGUCUAGACAUGCUCCUGCCAAUUCCUUUAUUGUGAUGAGACUGAACGAUGAUGCUGCUGCUGUCAAAUUUAACCCCCUCCUCCCACCGUCGAUUUCCGGGUCAUGCCACGUGACUUCUCCGCCCCCACAUGUCCAACUUCUCCUCUUCAUCACCGCCUCCCCAAAUAAACAGUUGAGUGUAGCUGGGUGCUGGGAAAAGCAGCUCAGGGCCUGACUCCUCCCCGAACCACUCCCCCUAAUUAGAGAGGGUAUAAAUGGCACCUGCUGCAAUCAUCCUUCCCCAUGGCCCUGUCCUCAUGGUCGGUGGUGCAGUUGUCUGCUGACUUCCUAUGGUGGUUUACCUGCUGCUCUUUUGUUCAUUGCUGUUUUGUUCACUGCUGUUUUGUUCAUUGCUGUUUAGUUUAGUUUUGUAUAGUUACUCUGGUUUUGUUUAGUUUAGUUCCUUUUGCCAGCUGGGAUUUUCUUGUUUGUUUAGGUUUAGUUUUUAGUCUUAGUUUGCUAUUCAAGCUGAGUGCCAGUAUAUGGAGGGCUAGUCCGUAUCACUGUUUGCUGUGGUGGAGAUCACCGGGGAGCACGAAUGAGCGACCUACUUGCUGUGACUGGUUUGCUGUGACUGCACCUGUGAGUAUUUGGUUGCACCCGAGUGUCACAAAGUAGUAUGCGACCCCAUUAACUGGCCUCAUCUCACAGAGGUUUAGUUUAUUUUUCUGUUUUGAUUUAAAUGUCAGCUUUUACAUAAAGAUUUUAAAACCUUUUGUUAGUAAUAAAGAUAUUAAACUGUA